AUGGCUUCCAGCGCGGCGCCCAGCAGUCCAGGCCCGGACUCUGACAAAUAUCUACAAAACUUCUUCCAAAAUGUCGAUAUGGAGACGAAACGGAGGCUGGACGGAGCGCUGGACGGAGGCUCAAUCGUGCAAUGGGAAUGGUUUUAAUCGGCAUCCACACCUGGAUCUACAGUAGUCACGGAUAAUCAUCACCUCCGGCCAUGGAAACAUACCUGGAUAAACUCUAAUUUUAGCCCCUUAAUUGGCGAGAUGCAAUGGCGUGCCACCACAAAACACUGUCUGUCUUCACCCAAGCAGCACUUGAACAUCGAUCCAAAUUAGUCUGCACCGAGUUUAAAGAGAGACUGAGUCUGUGAAGAUGUCGAGCUGCCUCUGUGAUUCAGCUGCUGUGACUGUGGUGUUCGGGGCUACUGAAUACUAAAAUAGCCUGAGCCAACACAAGAGCUCUUCUCAGGAAACACACAGACCUAGUCAAAGCUCCUCAUCACCGCAGCCCUGUUAGGGUUGCUAUGGCAGCUGCUGUCACAGAAACCAAGUGCUGGACGCAGGCUUGCCCCAGUAAGGCAGGACAGACCACUAGUCAUUACCACAAGAGACCAUCAAACAGUCAACAAACAGCACUUAGCAAUAAUUCUAGCACUCUACGUUAACAAAACAACCAGAGGUCUGUAGGCUGAUGGUCAGCUCUCUGGAGGAUCCUCAUGAGUCUUGUCUGUGUCUGCUCAGGCUCUUGGCUGGAGACAGAGCCAGUACCGUUCCUUCUGUUAGACCAUGUUUCACCAGCAGGACCAUCUGAAGAGCCAGCUGCAGGAGAGCCACUCAGCCAGCAGGCAGCUCUUCCACUGCCAGGAGUGUGGGAAGCAGUACAACACCCAGCUGGGUUAUAGACGCCACCUGGUGGCAGCCCAUAGUGCUGCAGCAGGCCUGCCCUGUGCAGAGGGGGUGCCCUCCCUGCUGGAGCACCUUGGCAGCCAUAUUGACAGGCCAUCAGAGCAACCAUCGGAGGGCAACACAAAUGCUACUGUGCCAGUGAGAGAGAGGAAAUACUCAUGUGAGCGAUGUGACCGCCGUUUUUACACACGUAAGGAUGUACGGCGUCAUGCUGUGGUGCACACUGGGCGCCGUGACUUCCUGUGCCCGCGCUGUGCACAGCGCUUUGGCCGUAGAGACCAUCUGACUCGCCAUUUAAAGAAGAGCCAUGCUCAGGAGUCAGGGUUGAUGCCAUCCUGUACACCCAGUACUCCUGUGACUACACCGACCCCUGCCACCCAGUGCCCUGUGAAGGAGGAGCCUAGCCCUGUGCCCUCUGAUAUGGGCUCUAUCUCCAAGGAACCAAUGGAGACUUUCUCCAGGGGCAUGUACAAUUCUUACGCCAUGGCCAGUCCUGUCCCUGGGAUGGGCCAUCCUCAUGGCCUGAUGCAGGGCUCGUUGUCCUCAAGUGUAGGUGUGGCUCGCCACAUGCCCCCCCAAUCUUCUCAUUCUCACCACCACCAUCUGCAGCCCCCGACGGCUCCGCAGCAGCAGCAGCCCUACAGCAGUAUGGCAAGGUACCAGCACGGAUCUACCUCAUAUCCUCGCACCGACGUGGACAGUUUUCUGCUGGACCUGCAGAGUGCCCCCCCACCUCACCUAAGUGCAGUGAGCUCCUCUACCUCUACUUCUGCCUCCCCUCAGAGGGAGGUGCUGGGUGAAGGCGUAGGUGUUGGUGGUGACCCCCAUCUGCUGUCCAGGAGCCCUGCUGUCUCCUCAACUGAGCUGUCCUGCACCACUAACAUGGACCUCGGGCCUCUGCUGGGCUUUUUGCCCUUUAGUCUGCCACCCUACAGCCCCCACAUGGGGAUGGGAGGGUUAGUGAUGAGCUAUCCACCCGCCACCACCACCACUUCUCCUCCAUCCUCUUCCACUGAGCUGUCCUCUCAAGCUCCAGGGCCUUUCACCUUUUUCCAGCCUCCACAGGCUCAUGUACACCAGGGCCCUGGUGCGCAUAACCACAGCCAGCUACCUCAGGCAUACAGCAGUCCUGCUAUGAGCACUUCAAGCUCCCUACCUCACUACUACCAGGCCUUUCAGCAGUAAGCAGCUCUGUCCCUACAAAUGUUGCCUUGACAUGUGGUCAUGCUUUUUCAUGAAAAGGGUAAAAUAUGAGAUUAGCAUCCUAAGUGUAAAACAAAUGUGAGACUUUAGCCUGUCAGUGCUAAUUAUGCUAAUCUUAGUUUCUUUUUGUAAAACACAACAGAUCACCUCAUCAGUAUUACCUCAUUAUUUAAAAAGGAAGCUUGAACGUUUGAGCAAAUGUAUAUGGUCUUACUACAACCAAAGCAGAGUACUACUUCUGUUUGUCAGACCUGUUACCAACAGUGGAUGCACUUAUCACACUUGGCACAGGUGCUGCACAAUGCUGAGAGUCAUCCAGUUUAAUGUUAUCAUGGAAGAUGCUACUGUGUUAGGGAAUGUUCCUUAUUGAGGCUGACUUGAGAUUUUAUCAUUUUGGAAUAUUAGAGCAUAAACAGCCUUACAGAGUGAGAAAUGUUGUUCUAAGAUGUCCUUGCUUUCAGUUGGUAAAUAUGUGCACAAAAAGGUUGAGAAUGCAAACACCACUGUUUGUGUAUAUAUGUGGUGGUUAACUCACUAAAAUAUGCAGUAAAGAGCUUCCCAUUCAGUCACCAGUCAUCAAGCAUUACACCUACUGAUGCGUCCAAAUACAUGAGAAGAGGAGAAAUGACCAUUAAUGUAAUAACCAAGUUUUAUCACCAACCAUUAUUUCAAGUGUUGUAAAUGAAGCUGUUUCUGUGGAAUUUAGAAUUAAAUUUUGUUAGAAUUUGGCCUCUCUUUAUCUAAGUGCAGUCAGUAAGAGCUAGUGAACAAUUACUGUAAAGCUAGACUGCAUGUGCUAUCAUUUAUUAACUAAACAACUAAAAAUCAGAAAUGUCACACAGUGUUACUGGAAUUGCAAAAGCAUUUGAGUAAUGCCAGAGUCUACAAUUCUAACGUCAUAUAUUGAAGAAAUUGUAACAGAGCAGCUUUUUAGGCCAGAAUUUCGCAUUGGGAGCCCGAGGAUGUCAUUCAGCAUCAUGACACAAACUCUAAUGCUAAAUAGCUACUUGUUUGGCAAUACUACAUAGCGUCAUUCGAUUGAAAUGCACUUCAUUUCAUUUCAUUUUCAAGAUUGCAGGCCAUUAAAGGACAACUUCGGUAUUUUUCAAUCUGGGCCCUAU